UUCACUUUAGUUCUCGCUGCUCUCUCAUGCUGCUUUCUUUGGGUCCGUGCGUUUAGUACUGACAGACGCGUGAGAUGCGCACCGGCAGCGCUGGACCCGCGUUCAGAUCCGCGUCAGAUCAUCUCAGAGCCCAGUUUCUGGAUUGUAAUGUUUCCCAAAGUUUCACCAAAAGUGGCGCGUGACUGAUCUGCACCGGAUUACAUGGGAUGAUAACAAUAAUGUGGCUGGUGGUUUUGUUGUGUUGCGCGCUGGACGCCUCCGUUGCGCGUCCACCUGCGAACGCGUCUCUGCUCGCACCUGACGGAACCGUGCGCGCGGUGGACCGGAUUUAUCACGGGGGAGGAAAAGCCGGGUAUCUUCUGUAUCUGGAUGAGCAGCGCUUUCAGCUGGAUAUGGAACGGGAUGAAACGACACUGGAUCAUCAGUUCAGCGCUGACGCGCCGCCGCGCAGGGAAUGCGUUUACCGCGGAACCGUCAACUCAAACGCGCAAUCUCUUGCUGUUUUUAACCUGUGUGGUGGCGGGCUUGAUGGGUUUUUCGCGCUUGAUCACUCCCGGUACACCAUCACUCCUGUUAUCCGAGCGAAAGGGCACGAGAAUGACGUGCACAUAGUCGAAGACGCCGACGCGACGCGCGCGCUUCAUCUCUACACCCGGGAGCGCUUCAGUUUCGAGGCGAUGCCCGAGCGACACAGCUGCGGCACGCGGGACCGGAAAACGCGCAGGAAUAAUAAAGAAAAGCACGGGCGCAGAUGGUGGACAAAGUUUAUCAAACCCGACGCUUCGCCGACGCGACGCAAACGCUCUGUAUCGCGCGCGCGGCACGUGGAGCUGCUGCUGGUCGCGGAUGCUUCCAUGACGAAGAAAUACGGGAAGGACUUACAGCACUACCUGUUGACGCUCGCGUCCAUCGCGUCCAAACUCUACGGUCACGCGAGCAUCGAGAACCCCAUCCGCCUGUCGGUGGUGAAAGUGGCGCUUCUGUCCGAGCACGAGAAGGGCAUCGAGGUCUCCAAAAACGCGGCCGCGACGCUCAAGAGCUUCUGCAAGUGGCAGAACCAGCAGAACCCUCUGGAUGACGACCAUCAGCAUCACCAUGACGCCGCGAUCCUCUUCACCAGGCAGGAUCUGUGUGGGCAUCACUCGUGUGACACUCUGGGCAUGGCGGAUGUAGGAACUGUGUGUUCGCCGGAGAGGAGCUGUGCUAUUAUUGAGGACGACGGCCUGCAUGCUGCCUUCACUGUGGCUCAUGAGAUUGGUCACCUGCUGGGUCUGUCCCACGACGACUCCAAGUUCUGCGAGGAGCGUUUCGGCUCCAGUGAAGACAAGCGCCUGAUGUCCUCCAUCCUGACCUCCAUCGACGCCUCCAAACCCUGGAGCCGCUGCACCUCCAACACCAUCACCGACUUCUUCGACGACGGAAACGCGGAGUGUCUCCUGGACGCUCCCCGUGUUCCUCUGCUGGGGCCGGAGGAGCUGCCGGGUCAGAGUUACGAUGCAGUGCAGCAGUGCCGUCUGGCGUUCGGCUCCGAGUACAGUGUGUGUCCCGGCAUGGACAUCUGCGCCCGGCUGUGGUGCUCCGUCAUCAGGAAGGGGCAGAUGGUGUGUCUGACCAAGAAGCUGCCCGCUGUUGAAGGAACGCCGUGUGGGAAGGGCAGGAUCUGUCUGCAGGGCAAAUGUGUGGACAAAACCAAAAAGAGACACUAUUCGACAUCCAAAGACGGCAGCUGGAGUUCGUGGGGUGCGUGGGGUUCGUGUUCUCGCUCGUGUGGUGGUGGUGUUCAGUUCGCGCAGCGGCUCUGCAAUAAUCCUGCGCCCCGAAACAACGGACGAUACUGCACUGGGAAAAGAGCUGUGUACAGAUCCUGCAGCGUCACAGCCUGCCCCACCACAGGUAAGAGUUUCCGGCAGGAGCAGUGUGAGGUGCGUAACGGCCCCCAGACGGACCCUAAAGGAGUGAAGACGCUGGUGGAGUGGGUUCCCAAAUUCGCCGGCGUUCUUCCCAAAGACGUGUGCAAACUCACCUGCAGAGCCAAGGGAACUGGAUAUUAUGUGGUGUUUUCACAGAGGGUUGUUGACGGGACUGAGUGUCGUCCGUACAGCAGCUCAGUGUGUGUGAAGGGGAAGUGUGUUCGCACUGGCUGCGACGGCAUCAUCGGAUCCAAACUACAGUACGACAAGUGCGGGAUCUGCGGAGGAGACGGAAACAGCUGCAUUAAAGUGGCUGGAAACUUCACCAAGAAGAGUAAGGGCUACACGGACGUGGUGAAGAUUCCCGAGGGUUCCACGCAUCUGAAGGUGCGUCAGUAUAAAGCUAAAGGCCAGACGCGAUACACAGCAUACCUAGCGCUGCGGCGACCCGGCGGAGAUUAUCUGCUGAACGGCAAACUGAUGAUCUCCACCUCCGAAACCAUCAUCCCGCUUAACGGCUCCGUCCUCAACUACACCGGCUGGAGCCAGCGGGACGAGGCCUUCCACAGCAUGGGCCCCGCCGCCCUCCAGGAGAGCCUGUUAGUGCAGAUUUUAUCCACCGAUGCUAAGAAACCGCUGGAUAUACGCUACAGCUUUUUCAUGCCUCGCAAAACGCCACUCCCAGCCAGGACGUCCCCUGAAGCUCCGCCCAGAAUGUCACUUGAAGCUCCGCCCAGAAUGUCACUUGAAGCUCCGCCUAGGAUGUCCCUUGAAGCUCCACCCAGGAUGGCUCCCGAAGCUCAGCCCAGGACAUCCCCAGAAGCUCCGCCCAGAAUAUCCCCCGAAGCUCCACCCAGGACGCCUCCUGAAGCUCCGCCCACUGUCGCGUCUUUAUCGUCAGCAGAAAUUGUAACGUUUACUUCCCACGUUCCUCCAACGACGGAGAGUCCGAAAUUCCCGCGCUGGCUGACGGGCCCCUGGAUGAGCUGCUCCAGAACUUGCGAUACGGGCUGGCAGAGUCGCACGGUUCAGUGUAAAGACGCUCACGGGAAACUGUCUAAAAGCUGCCCACUCAGCGCCCGGCCGCCAGCCUUCAAACACUGCCUGAUUAAAAAGUGUUGAUCUGAUGAACUUUCCCGGGAAAAGAGAGACGUGUGGAGCAUCACGGACGUACAAAACAAAAGGGUUUGUGUAAAAUGCCGUGAAACACAAUCAAUGUGGAUUCUGCUCCCAUUCGCAGAUGGAUGAGAAGAUUCAGGUGUGGUUGCUUUAAGCCACGCCCCUUUGACAAAGCCACGCCUCUGGCCCAUAUGACACGCCCCUUUGGUUCACACAGAGAAACAAAGAUUAUGUAAGUGCCGUGAAACACAAUCACUGUGGAUUCUGCUCGCAUUUCACAGUCAGACGAGGAGUUACUUUAAGUCACGCCCCCUUUAAGACAAAGCCACACCUCUUGCCAACAUGACACACCCCUUUGGUUCACACAAACAAAGAUUGUGUAAAUGCCAUGGACUCUGCUCAUAGUCGGAUGAGGUGAUUCAGGUGUGGUUGAUUAAGCUACGCCCCUUUGACAAGGCCACACCUCUGGUAAAUAAGACACACCCCUUUGCUUCAUUUAAACAUAGAAACAAAGAUUGUCAAUGCCGUGAAACACAAUCACUGUGGAUUCUGCUCGCGUUCGCAGUCGGAUGAGGAGAUUCGAGUGUGGCUACAUUAUCACCUACAAAUUUAAAUGAUGUCUUGUGUUGCUGUUGCUCUGGGUGUAAAUGGCUGAACAUUCUUCGCAAUAUCUUGUUUGUGUUCAACAGAAGAAGGAAAGAAAGAUGUAAAUGCCGUGAAACAGAAUGACUGUAAAUUCUGCUUGCGUUUGCAGUUGGAUGAGGAGAUUCAGGUGGGGAUGCUGUAAGCCACGCCUCUUUUGGCAAAGCCACGCCUGUGUUCGACAGGACACGCCUCUUUGGUUCACACUGACCACUUUUCUGAAUGAAUCAGCAGUUUUGAAUGAAUCAUCUGAAUGAAUGAUUCUGUGUAUCACUUGUUAAAGACAUAACUCACCUCAAAUUUAAAUAAUGUCAUAUUUUGUUGUUGCUCUGGGUGUAAAUGGCUGAAUAUUGUUUAGAAUAUCUUGAUUUGUGUUCAACAGAACAACGAAACAAAGUGUGUAAAUGCCGUAAAGCAGUCACUGCAGAUUCUGCUCAAGUUCGAAGAGCUUUGGGUGUGGCUUAUUUAAACCACACCCCUUUUUAACAAAGCCUCACCAUGUUUUGACAAAGCAACAUGACACGCCCCUUCAGUUCACACUGACAGCAAUGUUUGCAGUUACAUUCUGUUGACAUGUAGGAACAUGUAUGAAGCAGCGAAGAUGGAGGGCAUGUUAUAAGUUACAUUCCAGACACAAUAUUGUGUUUUUUUUUAUGACUGAUUAUGAAAAUAGCUUUAAAGCAUUUGUUUAUCAGAGCAACAGUAUACACUGAAUGAAUCAUUUGAGUAAUGAUUCAGUGAUCGAUUCAUACAGAGUCACUUCUUCUCUGAAUGAAUCAGCAGUUUUGAAUGAAUCAUCUGAAGGAAUGAUUCUGUGAACACACGGUUCACCUAAAAGUUUAAAUUCAGUAUUUGUUGUUGCUAUAGAGGAAAAUGGCUGAACAUUCUUCAGAAUAUCUUAAUUUGUGUUCAGGAGAAGAAACAAACAAGCACACAGAGUUUGUGUAAUUGUGUAACUGUGGAUUCUGCUCACGUUUGCAGUCAGACGAGGAGCUUUGUGUGUGGCUACUUUAAGCCCCGCCUAUUUUUGACAAAGCCACACCUCUGGUCAACAUGACACGCCCCUUCAGUUCACACUGACGGCGAUGUUCAGUCAUUCUGGUUACGUUUUGUUAACAUGUAUGACUGUGUGAAUCAGCGAACAAGAAGAUCAUGUUAGUUUAGACACAAUAUUGUGUUUUUUGUUCAUUAAAACAGCUUCAAAACAUUUGUUUAUCAGAGCAACAGAAUACACUGAAUGAAUCAUUUGAGUCAUGAUUCAGUGAACUAUUCAUAUGGAGUCACUUCUCUGAAUGAAUCAGCAGUUUUGAAUGAAUCAUCUGAAGGAAUGACUCUGUGAAUCACUCGUUAAAGACACGGUUCACCUAAAAGUUUAAAUUGUGAUUUUGUUUUUAUUGCUAUGGAGGAAAAUGGCUGAAUAUUCUUCAGAAUAACUGAAGAACAAAUUUAUAACACUAAAAUAUUGUGUUCAACAGAAGAAGCAAACAAACAAACUGAGAUUGUGUAAAAGCUGUGAAACACAAUCACUGGAGAUUCUGCUCACAAUCACAGUUGGACACGGAGCUUUGGGUGUGGUUUCUUUAAACCACGCCCCUCUGGUCAACAUGACACGCCCCUUCGGUUCACACUGACAGCGUUGACUAUAAAAGUAGUUUCACAAAACAUUCAUGUCAGCGCAACAGUACACUGCAGUACACUUCUGCACAGCGCUGUCUGUGUGAACAACACAUCUACAACGUGUGUGUGUGUAUCAGGAUAUGUAUGAGUAUGUGAUUGUGCAUGUGGAUAUGUGUAUAUGUGUGCGUGCAUGCAUUCGUGUGUGUGUGUGUGUGUUUCUGAUCUUAAAACAAGAAGACAUUCAUGAGAGUGUGUGUAGAUGAUGAGGAAAUGUGCACUUUUGAGUGAACUGCCCCUUUCACUGAGACUGAUGAAUGCUGUGGAAGCUAAAAUGGACAAAUGUAGACCUCCAUGUGUUUCUGUCUGUAAACUGAGCAGCUGCAAAACAUUCCUGUUCAUUUCUCCAAGCCUGAAAACUGAAGCUGAAGGAAAUCCUGUUUUCAUGCUUCACACGUCACACUGCGGGAGCUUGUUUUUGUAAUGGAUUUUUAGGGCGCUUGAGAAGGUUAUUGUGACGUCUCUUAAACGUGUUAUUUCAUGAGAAUGGCAGAACUGCAAGAUAAGAAAUGUUAGAAUUAACAAAUAUACAAUCAGAUCUUCAUCAUGUCAUCAUUCAGUAAAUGUGUCUCAUUUAAAGAGACAGUACACCCAAAAAUGGACAUUUCCUCAUCAUGUAAUCACGCUGGCUCUGAACAUCUGUUGAACACAGUACGGCAUAUUUUGAAGCAGCCAGUGACGUCCAUAGCAGGAACAAAAAACAAACCACAAAAGUUUAUCCAACAUUAAUCAGUAUAUCAGUAUAUUCACUGUUCAACAAAACAAACUCAGGUUUGGAUCAAGUGGAGGAUGAGGAAAGAAUGACAGAACAUUCCAACACAGACUCAUUCUGGACACGUAGCCCCAGGGCUUAAUUUGUGCCAGAACACUCCGGAUCCGGCACCCCUGAAAUCUGAUCCGGCACCUCAUUUUACCGAUCCCCCUCCUCAACUGCUCUCCUACCCUGUCCACUGUUCACUUUCACUUUCAUCCACGACACCCCCGCUCUCCACCACUAUACACUGCCAAACAAACCACAACCCCUCCCCUGCCCCUGCUUUACACUUGCGUGCACAAAACCUCUCCAUCGUCGAGAUACGUGCCGGAUCCAUUACCCCAAAUUAAGUAGCCAGAGCUAUGUAUGGCCGCAUUUCAUCUUAAAACGAUCGCUAGGGGGCGGUAUGACACCAUUCCUUUUCUCGCUUACCAGCUGACCAUUUACCUCUGUGUGGACGGCUUCUCCGCUGUUACCAGUUUGUCCAGAAGCUUGCUGCCUACGUUGGGGAUCUUGAGGCGCAGAAAGGAGUUGACCAUGAUGACAGAAACAAAGAACAGUUCCAGAUAGCAUGUAAAACAAAAACAGAAGCGAAUUAUGUAGCUAUGGCUGCAUUUCAUCUUUAAAACGAUUGCUAGGGGGCGACAUUACGCCGUUCCUAUUCUCGCUUACCAGCUGACGGUUUACCUCUGUGCGGACGGUUUCUCUCUGCCUACGUUGGCAGUCUUAAGGCGCAGAGAGGAGGAUGACGACGGGGUUUGUGUCAGAUGAAGAACAGUUCCAGAUAGCAUGUAAAACAAAAACAGAAGCAAAAGAUUGAAAUAAACGAGUAAAUAACAGGGUGAGAAUGUGGUCAAAUCUGAAAACGUGGUAAAAAUCAGGCGGCUUUUCUUUUUUUAGAUUGCAUUUGAAAACCCUGUGGGUUGGGUUUAGGGAAGAAGGUUGGUCAGUCAGUGAACAGCGGCCUCUGGUGGAUUUAUGUGAGAUUGGCACUUACGAGAUAAAUUUGAGGUCUGCAAAAGCGUACACAGCGCCCUCUGGUGGAUUCAUUACAACAAAAACUGCAAAAAAAAUGUAUCUCCUGGGACGUAUUUGGCCCUCUCCAGAAAUGUAUACAGGAGUACGUAUUCAGAAUGAGCCUGUGUUGGAAUAUUAAUUUUUAGCUGUGCUGUCUCUUUAAAAUGAACAUUGAAAGUUCCAUCUGUCUUUUAUAAGCUGCAAUUCUGAACAGUUAAAAAAGUAUUCAUUUCUGAGGCAAAUUUUGGGAUUGUCAUAUUUGGGUGUACUGUCUCUUUAAAAUGUACAUGCAGAAUAGCAGAACUGCACAAAAAAAGUGUUAAAAUUAUGAAAUAUAAAAUUAAAAAUGUCAGACUUGACUCCAUUAUUCAGUAAAUGUGUCUCAUUUAAAGAGACAGUACACCCAAAUAUGAACAUUUCCUCAUCAUGUAAUCACACUGGUUCUAAACUUCUGUUGAACACAGUACGGCAUAUUUUAAAGCAGCAAGUGACGUCCAUAGCAGGAACAAAAUAUCAAAGUUUUUUCCAACAUUAUUCAGUAUAUCAGUAUAUUCAUUAUUCAGUAUAUCAGUAUAUUCACUGUUCAACAAAACAAACUCAGGUUUGGAUCAAGUGGAGGAUGAGGAAAUAAUGACAGAACAUUCCAACAUACACUGUAGGCUCAUUCUGAACAUGUACACCUGUAUACAUUUCUGGAGAUGGCGAGUUAUGUAGUCAGAGGUGCGUAUGGCUGCGUUUCGUCUUUAGAAUGAACGCUAUGAGGCGGUAUGACGCUGUUCAUUUUUGCGAUACCAGCUGACCGCUGACCUCCGUGUGGACAUCUUUACCACUGUUACCAGUCUGUCCAGUGGCUUGACAUGUACGUCAGAGGACUUGAGAUACAGAGCGGAGUCGACCAUAACGACGGGGUUCGAGUCCGGUGAAGAACGGUUCCAGAAAGCAUGUAAAACAAAAACAGAAGCAAAAUAAUUAAAUAAGUAAAUAACAGGGUGAGAGUUUGGUCAAAUCUGAAAAGGUGGUAAUAAUCAGGCGGCUUUUUCUUUUUCUGGAUUGCUUUUGAAAACACUGUUGGUUGGGUUUAGGGAAGGGGGUUAGUCAAUCAGUCAGUCAGUCAGUGGACAGCGGCCUCUGGUGGAUUUACAUGAGAACAGCAGGCGUGAAUGGCACUCGCAAGAGAAAUGUGAGAUCUGCUAAAUCAUACACAGCGCCCUCUGGUGGAUUCACAAAGACUGCUAAAACAUGUAGCUCCUGGGACGUAUUUGGCGCUCUCCAGAAAUGUGUACAGGGGUACUGAUCACUAAUGAGCCUGGGUUGGGUUCAAUUUUGGGUGUGCUGUCUCUUUAAAAUGAACAUUCAAAGUUCAAUCUGUCUUUGGGUUUUAUAAGCUGCAAUUCUGAACAGUUAAAAAUUAAUUCCUGAGGCAAAUUUGGGGAUUUUCAUAUUUUGGGUGUACUGUCUCUUUAAAAUGUACAUGCAGUCCAUCUAUGUUGUUAUAAUGCUUCACAAGUUUUACUUUCUCAUGCACUGUUUUGUUUUCAACAUCUUGUUUUAUCAGCCUAUGAGGUGUUUAUAUAACUGUCAUUAAACCUUUAUAAGCAUGACAUAAGCCAUCAUGAAUGUGACAAAUCUUAUGCAUGUUUAUAACAAAUGUCAUAAAGUGUCAUUUGUUCAAUUAUGACAUUGUUUGUUAUGACAAAGUUUCUGUCUCCGUCAUGGCAACUUGACAUCAUCAAGACAACAAAGCUUGUCAUAAAUCUGUCAUAAACAUGAUCAUCAUAAGGCAUUAUAGCUGUGUCAUAAAUAUUUUUCUGAUCACGUUUUCACUGCAUUUGUCAUUAAAAUGCCUCAUUAUAAGUGUAAUAACUCUGUCAAAUCAGUUUAUAAGAGCGUCAUUAAUAUUUAAUGACAUUUUAAUGACAAAUUCAGCUUGUACCACAGUAGUUGAGGUUAAAAUAUAUGUUUAUUAAUGAUGCAGUUAUAAAAUUUAUGACAUAUUCAUAAUGGCUUCGUGAUCAAUCAUGUUUAUGACGGGUUUUGUUGUCUGGGUAAUGUCAUGUUGUCAUAACAAAGACAAAAACAGGUUGUGAUGUAUUUGUUUAUGUCAAGUUGUCAUGAUAAAAACUACAUAAUUGAGCAAACAUGCAAUAUAAACAUGCAUAAGAUAAGAACAUGUCAUGAUUAUAAAGGUUUAAUGACAGUCUUAUGAACUCCCCUUCAAGUAAAGUGUUCAGUGUUGUCCGUAAAGCUGCUGCGCUUCAUCUCCUUCAUUGGUUCUGCUUCAUGUCCCGGUUCCCGAUGGCCGUAUGACUGAGAACACACAGCACUGAGUUUAUAAUUUAUUGUUUGUACAACUUCUAUGUAAAAAAACAAAACAAAAAUGACAUGAUGAAUUUAUUUAUUGUUACGGUCAUUUGUCUCAUCAGUACUAUUUAACUAGGCCUAUGAUGAAUGAGCAGAAUAGUUUAAAAGUGUGUGUUUUUAGCCAUUUCAUGAAUAUAUGUGUAUAUAAAACAAAGCGCUAUAUUUAAAUCA